AUGUCCCACGGAGCUAGGACUGUCCAAGACGCCCGCGAGGCCUUCAGGUCCUGCCUCAGUCCUCAGUUCUACGAUCAGUGGGCAGAGACAUAUGAAACGGACCAUGAUCAGAUGCAGUACAUGGCUCCCACACACACUGCAGAGGCCGUGAAGAGACACCUGCAGCCGAUCCCAGAGCAGCAGAGGGUCCUGGACGUGGCCUGUGGAUCUGGACUCGUGGCCAAAAUGCUGUCCUCUCUGGGUUUCCGCUGCUUUGUGGGCGUGGACAGCAGCGCCGCCAUGUUGGAAGAGGCUCAGAAAACCAAGCUGUACCAGAGCUUGCAUCUGGCUCUUCUGGGGACCCAAGACCUGCCUGUAGGCUCUGAGCAGUUUGAUGUGGUGACCAUCGUGGGAGCGCUGUACCCGGGGUUUGUGCCUGUGAAGGUGGUCCGAGAACUGUGCGCCGCUGCCACACCUGGCUGA